ACCAUCCACCUUCAAUGGGAUUCUCCUGCUCAAUUUCACUUCCCUUUAGAAUUAAACUCCCUCUCACCCCCCAACUCAACCUUUCCGAUUUCACCAUGGAUAACGCCGCAAACCAUAUUUUGCAUCGUGAAGAAGAUGAACCAGAAGAAGACCAAAAGGCCAAAACUAGCAAAGGCUACUUCACUCUUUUACUUGUCAACUAUCUUUUCCUCUUUGUGGGUUCAGUCUCUGCAAGCCUGUUGUCGAAGUUUUACUUCAACCACAAAGGCUCAAGCCGUUGGGUGUCCACUUGGGUCCAAUGCGGCGGCUUCCCCUUCCUCCUCUUUCCCAUCUUUCUCCCUUAUUAUCUCUUCAAAUGCACUAACAGAAAACCCUUCUCCCAUUUCACCCCAAAAAUCUUCUCUUUAUCCGUCUUCAUUGGCCUCCUUUUAGGCGUCAACAAUCUUCUCUUUUCAUGGGGGAAUUCCUAUUUGCCUGUCUCUACCUCCUCUCUUUUGCUCUCUUCUCAGCUCGUCUUCAACCUGUUUUUCUCCGUCCUCAUCGCCAGGCAAAAAAUCACCUUUACCAAUCUCAACGCAGUCACUCUUUUAACGUUAAGUUCAGUGCUUUUAGCCCUUGAUUCCGGCCACGAUAAAGCCUCAAAUUUGUCCAAAUCGAAGUAUUUCAUCGGAUUUUUCUGCACAGUCGGCGCCGGUUUGCUCUUCGCCUUGUACCUCCCCGUCAUGGAGAUCAUCUACAAGAAAGUUUACUGCUACUCAAUGGUGGUGGAAAUGCAGCUCAUCAUGGAGAUUGCCGCCACCGCUUUGGCCACCGUCGGGAUGUCAUUCAGCGGCGGGUUUGCGGAGAUGAGGAGAGAGAGCGAGAAGGUGUUUGAUUUGGGAAAAAAACUUUAUUGGGUUACGGUGUUUGGCAACGUGGUGACGUGGCAGCUUUGCUUCAUGGGGACGGCGGGGAUGGUGUUCUUGACAUCGUCGCUGACGGGAGCCAUCUGUAUGACGGCGAUUCUGGCGAUGAAUGUGAUCGGAGGAGUGUCGGUUUAUGGAGAUAACUUCGGCGGCGUGAAAGUAGUGUCGACGGUGCUGUGUACUUGGGGAUUUUGCUCUUAUGUUUAUGGAAUGUAUGUGAAAUUGAAGAAGGAGAAGGAGAAGGAGAAGGAGGAGAUGGAGAAGAAGAAGAUGGAAAUGAACAAUGAUAAUGAUAAUAAUAAUAGUAAUGGGAUGGAGAUGGUUCAGAUUGUAACAGGAGGCUGAUGGGGAAGAAGAUGAUAAAGAUGAUGACGUGGUGUAAUUCGUAGAAAAUUAAUGAUAAUUAUGGAGUUAAUUAGAUA